CAACAUUGUCCAGAACAGAAGAUAAUGAAACUCCGAUCGGGGCAAACAAAACCACCAUUCGAUUUGUGCAAACCCGAUACGAUCCCAUCCCAAACCGUAGGAAAACCAGGAGAGAUUAGGAAAUCAGCAGACGGAGAUUGGCCGGGGUCGCCAACUCCCACUGGAGGUCAGAGGGUGCUCCAGUUCGUGCCAUCGACGUCGACCCUCGUCUUUUUUUGAGAACCCAUUCAACCAAAGCACAUCUACUGACUGGAAUUUGGAAGCUGGAACACAAAAUGCCCACCACCCAGCAUUCGCCGCAAGGUCAUGCCCAAGCCCAAGCCCACGCCCACUCGCUUCAAGGACACACGCCGGAGAAGGAUGACGCCAAGGAUUCGGCUGCGGAGGGCAGUGAGUCGGGCAACAUGCCCAACCUGUCCACUUUGUCGCUGGACGAGCUGAAGCAGCUGGACAGGGAUCCCGAAUUCUUCGACGACUUCAUCGAGGAGAUGUCUGUGGUGCAGCACCUCAACGAGGAGCUAGACUCGAUGAUGAACCAAGUGGAGAAUAUAUCAAGGGAGAACGAGAGCAAGGGCAGCCACCUGGUGGAGCUGAAGCGCCGGCUCAGCGAUGAUUACACAGCUUUAAAAACACUGGGCGAGAAAUGCGACCAGCUGAAUAAGAAAUACUUGAAAAAGUCCGAGGAAUAUGCACCCCAGCACAUAAGGGAACUCCUUCAGAUUGCUGCUUCCAAUGCCGAUGCCGACUGUGAUCGGCAUGUGGAGCACUUCCUGAACGGAAAGAUCGACGUGCAGACGUUCCUCAACACGUACCAGAGCUCCAAGAAGAUAAGCGCCGAGCGCAAGGCCAAGGAGGAGCGGUUGGGCACCCAGCUGAGUGCACUGGAACGGGCCGGUAUCUAGGAUUGCCGGCGGAAGACAUUGGCUGUGCAGUCCACUCAAUGUUAUCUCAUCCCACUCCCCCAUUCGCCACGAGUCGCAAUAAUAGAGUUUAAGCAGGAUAAUCAACAGAUAAUCCGAACCGAGCAGAGAUAUGGAGCCAGAGCAGAAUCAGAGUUAUAUGUAGAUGGUACAAGCGAUCCCAGAGGAUCCCCGCAACGGAACAGAAACCAGAACAGUAGAGGAAAGCUAGUUGUACGCUAUAUUUAAACACGUGUAAAUCGGUAGAGUGGCUUGUAAUUCUAAUUAUACUCCCAAAACGAAACGCCUAUGUAUUAUGUCCCGAUUCCAAAAUCCAGUCCCAAAUUCAAGUCGUGUGUAUCACCCGUAGGUUAUAAAUUAUAUGGUCCCUUAUUUUGUCCCAUGGCCAGCCGAUAUAUUUGUACUACGUAUAUUUAAUAAACUUUAUGAUUUAUCUGA